UGUUUAGGGUCCUUACCAAUUGAUCAUCAAACAAUGUUACAAUUGCAAUCCUACGCAGAACAAUAAAAUCCAGCAUAACAUGUAUGUAAGGCACAAAGGAAAUUCAACAUUGAUCCUUGGAAAUUCGACUCUUGAAAUACCUAUUGACGACACUCUUUUCUUAGAAUUUAAUAUGGCUCUCAAAGAUUCGUUUGGAAAAUGGAAAGAAAAUGUAUUCAUGCAUACAACACCAAAUGCUUGCUCAUCGGCGAAGAAAUUAACAGGAAACGUAGCAAAUGCAUUCGCGCAUGGUGUUGGACUUAAGAAUUUUAAUUGUCCUGUACCUGCGGGUGUUUAUAUAGCUAAUGGUUUGAAUGCGUCAAUAUUGAAGGAAACAAAUAUACCAAAAACAUUUUUUUACGGAACAUACAAAUUUCAUGUACAAUAUUCACGAAAAAAUGAAAAGUUUGGCUGUCAAGUUUACAUUGUAGAAUUUAAGCGCCCUUGAAUGUAUUGUAACUACAUUGCCAAGGCUCUGGAUAGAAGAUCCAACAUUUAUCACAAAUCUUGAUUUAUUUCUAAAUUUCUAAGUUACAUAAAAAUGUCGAAUACCUUGUAUCUAUGUAAGGUACAGUUGGUUAGUAAUUAAUUUUUAACAAAUACAAAUUUUAAUCUUAAAUUAUGUUAAUUUCUUUGUUUGUCGACAAGUGAUGAAAAUGAAAAUAUUUUACUUUUAAGGUUGUUUAUUGAAUUUCUGGUUGCUUAUAAUCUGUCUCUUCGUUUCCCUUUGUGUUACAAUGUCCCGGAGUCUUUAUAAACCGUAUAUCUUUUAUCAGAUUUAAAAAAAAAGUUAUGCAUUUUUAAGCAUAGGUUUCCAUAAGUAUUUAUGACCCGGAAUUGAAUAAUGUAACAUAUCAUUUGACAUUUAUGUCCAUUUUUGUUUCGUUUACCUUAUAUGAGUAAUUGGGUUUCUUUAAGAAUUGCUAGAUAUUCGUUUGUUUAAAUUUUUUGAUGUACAAUAUUUCUACACAAUUUUUAAUAUUGAACAAUAGGUUGAAUUUAAUUAUAGCUACGGGGUAUAUUUUAAGUGAUGAGCCCAAGUGAUUAGGGUAAGUCUUGUAAGCCACGAGAAGAAAAUAAUAUUACCUAAAAAUUCAUCUAUGAAUUGCUGCGGUAUUUUUUAAUUAUUUUAUCGUUAAAAUAUUUUUCCAGAUCCUUUAAAAUUAUAUUACACAUAAAUGUAUUGACAUUUAUUUUUGGAGUAGGAGAUUCAUAAUUUAUUAUCGAGAUUCAGGAGACAGAAUUUAAUUUAGACCUAGUAUGAUAAUAUCUAUGACGGCUAAUCAUUUUCUUUUUCAAUUUUCAAUCGGGUAUUGAACAC